AUGGGAGGCGAAAAGCGCGCCUACGACGGCGGCGGCGGAAAGAAGAACAAGAAAGCUUUCUACGGCAGGCCCAAGACGUUGGCCACCAUCCCGUACGAUGCGAUGGGAUACAUCGUGACCUCCGACGCCGGGAGGGAGAGGUACUCUUGGCGCGAUACCGUCCGCAACCUCAACGACACGUACGAGUCGAUCUUCCCCGAGGAGGCCGCCGCCGCCGCUGCUGCGCAGUCCGAGAAGGUCGCCGACGACAGCAAGGACGCCAGCGACAAGCUCGCCGCGGAGCUCGCAGAACUCAAGGAGAGCGGCGGCGACGAGGCCGCGGACUUCGCCAGGGCCGAGAGGUUCAAGCACGUCAACCUCGACCUGAAGGCGUGCGUGUUUGUUCGCAUGAAGUGGGAGGCUACCCGGAAGAUCAAUCCCUCGGAGCUGGUGCGUCGCAUGCUGACGAACACCCGGGACAAGGGCGAGCCCGUCUCCAGACACACGCUGAGGAUCGUACCCGUGGAGAAGGUGUGCUUCGCCGCGGUGGAGGACGUCGUCAAGGCGGCCAAGCCCCUCAUCGACGAGGCGUUUCCGGCGCAUUGCGAAGAGGGAAAGGAGAAGACGUUUGCCGUCGUGUUCAACUCUCGGGCCAACUCCACUUUGAGGCGAAGCGAGUUGGUGCCCGAGAUCGCCAACCUCGUGCCGGAGCCGCACAAGGUGGAGCUCGGCAAACCGGAGCUGGUGGUGCUCGUCGAGGCUGUCAAGGGCGUGGCGACCGUCGCCGUCGUGAAGGAUUACUACGGGUUGCUAAAGUACAACCAGCGGCUGCUCUCGAUGAACGAGGAGGAGAGGCAGGCGGAGCGCGCGCGCCGACGGCGAGGACAAGGGUGA